AUGGAUUAUGGAGCUGUUGAAGGUGGAGUAACUGAUAACAGUCAGGCAUUCUUGAAAGCAUGGAAGGAUGCGUGUCAAUGGAAAGGAAGGGCAAAGGUUUUGAUUCCCAGAGGAAUAUUCAAGUUGUUCCCAGUUGUAUUCUCAGGUCCCUGCAAUGGUCCGAUUGCCUUUUUGAUUAUGGGGACUUUAAGAGCCUCGACUGAUCCAUCAACAUUCAACUCUGAAAACUGGAUAAACUUCCGAUACUUGGAGCAGUUAACCUUAGCCGGAGGCGGUACCUUGGACGGCCAAGGAUCCUUAGUUUGGCCUCACAACAACUGCAACAAUGGUCCAUGCAGGGCACUCCCCAUCUCUUUGAGUUUUUACUUCGUCACAAAUGCAACCGUCGCUCACUUGAGAUCAUACAACAGCAAAAUGGCUCAUAUUAAGGUUUAUGGAUGCAACAAAAUGGACUUCACCAAACUUAGAUUGUCAGCUCCUGGUGAUAGCCCCAACACCGAUGGCAUAAAAAUCGGAAACUCCUACCGUAUCAGAAUCUCACGUUCGGUUAUUAGCACCGGCGAUGACUGCAUUGCCAUAUUGGCAGGAAGUAGGGAGAUCCACAUUUCUAAGAUUUUCUGCGGUCCGGGGCAUGGAAUCAGCAUUGGAAGUCUGGGAGGGUAUGGUAAUGAAAAUGAUGUGGAAGGAGUAUAUGUGAAAGAUAGUGGCUUAAAGGGGACUACCAAUGGUCUAAGAAUCAAAACAUGGGCUAAAUCUCAUCCCUUGAAGGUUUCAAAGAUUAUAUAUGAUAACAUUGUGAUGACUGAUGUCAUGAACCCAAUUAUUAUCGAUCAGAAUUAUUGCCCUAACCCUCCCUGCAAUCAACAGGUUACUUCGAAUGUGCAGAUUAGUGGUGUGACAUAUAACAACAUACGGGGAACUUCUUCCUCCAAAGAAGCAGUGAUUCUGAAAUGCAGCAGAACCAGCCCUUGCAAGAACAUAGUGAUGAACAAUAUCAAGUUAUCCCUCAACGGUACCGGAGGGUUUGCGAGUUCUUACUGUGAAAAUGCCGUUGGUGUAUCUUAUGGCACACAAAACCCUCGUCCUUGCAUAUAA